GAGCUCGGUGCCCCGCUGUCCGGGUGAGAUCGACGUGUGCUGCAGAGUGCCCUCUGGUGACACCACGCCCAGCCCAAGCCCGAGCCCGCAGCCGGAUUACCCCGACCCGCAGCCGCAACCCUCGCCAGACUACCCCGAGCCGCAGCCACAACCGCAGCCCCAGCCGCAGCCACAGCCGCAGCCGCAGCCCGUGCCGGACGAGCGUCACCAGAGCAACGUGUUGGUGCCCCAGGCCGGGUGCGGCGUCAAGCGCCUGCAGGCCACGUCGCUGAGGAUCCUCACCCCAGAGGGCGCUCCGGACGACACGGCCACGUUCUUCGCCGAGUUCCCCUGGAUGCUGGCGGUGCUCUUGGAGGAGCGCAUCGCGGACGGGCGGCCGCUGAACCGCUUCAAGUGCGGCGCGUCCCUCAUCACCCCCUCCGUGGCGCUCACCGCCGCGCACUGCAUCAUCGGGCAGGAGCCGUCGGCCCUCAAGGUGCGCGCCGGCGAGUGGGACACGCAGAACCGGUCCGAGCCGCUGCCUCACCAGGACCGCGGCGUGACGCGCGUCGUGCUGCACCCCAACUACCGAGCCGGCCCGCUCUACAACGACGUGGCCCUCAUCUUCCUGGACACGCCCUUCGAGCUGGCCGACAACGUGGACACCGUCUGCCUGCCCGACCAGGGCCAGACGUUCUACGGCAACCGCUGCUACGCCACUGGCUGGGGGCGCGACUCGUUCGGCUCGACCGGCGCCUACCAGAAGAUCCUGCGAAAGGUGGACCUGCCCAUGGUGCCCAACAACGAGUGCGAGUCCAGACUGCGGCAGACUCGGCUCGGGCCAUUCUUCAGACUCCACAACAGCUUCGUGUGCGCCGGCGGUGAGGAGGGCCGCGACACUUGUCAGGGCGACGGCGGCGGCCCACUGGUCUGCCCCAUGCCCGGGGACCCCGGCCGCUACGCCCAGGUGGGCGUCGUCGCGUGGGGCAUCGGCUGCGGGGAGAACGCCAACCCCGCCGUGUACGCCAGCGUCGCCAACGCCAUGGGAUGGAUCAACAGCCAGCUCGGCUAGGUGACUUGAACGCACCUCGCAACGUCAUUUCAAUUCAUGCGUCCAGUGUAGCACCUCUACUAAAGACGAUUAGUGCUCUGAUUUAGUCGCUAGUGGGCUGGUGUAUACUAAGCGAUUAAGCGUGCUCCCCCCGUCCUGUGGUUCCCGGGCGAGGGGUGCAGAGCAGACCGGGCACGUUACUUGACGUGAGAAAUGUUGCCGAAUCACCCCGAUUCACCCCAAGUUUCAGAAACGUUUUUCGUAUAAUGGUCUGCGCCUUUUCGACAUUCAUCGUCCCUCUCUUCGACGCCUACCAUUUUUAUUCAUCGACACGAUCUUGCUUUGUACUCAACUGUCAACCCAAUAAUAAAAUGCGUAAAAAUA